AUGACUAUUUCGCCGGAAAUCGAGGCAGAAAUGAGGAAUAUUGGAAAAGUUGUUGUAGAAAGUUCCUUAGCGGGAGGGCUGAGACGGGGAGCGCGGGUGUUGGAUAGGAGAAGCCGGAGACUACUGUUAUCGGCGGUGACGUAUGCGUUUAUCAGCAGUAGGGAGUUCGGCGGUUUCAGGCUAGACGGCUUCGCAAACCGAGACGGGCAGCACAGAGAUGAGGCCGCGGCUCCUAUGGCUGGUCCUCGCGUGGGCGGUGUCGGUGGAAGCAGCUCGUCUACUCGCCGUAUUGCCGACUAA